AUCCUGGGUCUUCCAUCUGCAACAGCUACUCAGCCGUCAGCCGUCAGCCAUCAGCUCAGCAUCUGUAUUAGACAACGUGUUGAAAAAUGGCAGCGAAGAAGGUGCUGGUUGUUUACGCCCAUCAGAGCGCCGGGUCGUUCAACUCUGCAGCUAAAGACGCUGCUGUCGAGGUCCUGGGCGCUCAGGGCUGCACGGUGGACGUGUCCGACCUGUACGCCCUCAAGUUCAAGGCCACGGCCACUGCUGAAGACAUCGUUGGAGAGGUGAAGAACCAGGAUCACUUCCGCUACGCUGAGGAGACCAAGCUUGCGUGGGAGGAGGGCAAGCUGUCUGAAGACAUCGUGGAGGAGCAGCGCAAACUCACCCAGGCAGACCUUGUCAUCUUCCAGUUUCCCAUGUACUGGUUCUCAGUCCCUGGCAUCAUGAAGGGCUGGAUCGACCGGGUGCUGACGUCAGGCUAUGCCUUCACGCAGGAGAAGAGAUACAGCCAGGGCAUCUUCAAGGACAAGAAGGCCAUGCUGUCCUUCACCACCGGCUCCAAUGAGUCCAUGUUCAGUGCCAAUGGCAUCAAUGGGGACAUGAAUGUCACCCUGUGGCCACUACAGAAUGGAAUCCUGCACUACUGCGGGUUCCAGGUCCUGGCCCCCCAUAUCUUCUGGGCUCCCUCUCAUGUGAAGGCUGAGACUCGGGACACCAUGCUGGGGGGCUGGCGGGAGGAGUCAGAGGACAACUGCCAGCACACUGAUUGGCUUGAGCCAAGCUGUCUGCAUCAACGUCCCGGUUUCCACUUGCAGAAUGGAAUCCUGCACUACUGCGGGUUCCAGGUCCUGGCCCCCCAUAUCUUCUGGGCUCCCUCUCAUGUGAAGGCUGAGACUCGGGACACCAUGCUGGGGGGCUGGCGUACCCGCCUGCAGGGUCUGCUGCUGGAGGCCCCGCUCUCCUUCACCCCGUCCGACUCCUUCGACGGGGCCAAGGGCUUCCAGCUGAAGCCCGAGGUCCAGGAGAAACACGAGGACCAGGAGUUCGGGCUGACGGUGGGAACCCACCAGGGGAAGAGGCUGCCCCCCAACAGCCAGAUCAGAGCUGGUGUCUAAACUGUCUAAUAAAACUCUAGACUCAAA